AUGGUGCGGAAUUUCUCCCAAGCUGACGCUGUGGAGCUCUGCUAUGAGAACUAGAAUGGAUCCUGCAUUAAAGCCUCUUAUUCCCCAGGCCCUCGAGCGAUUCUGUAUGCAGUCCUUGGUUUGUGGGCUGUGCUGGCCAUGUUUGGAAACUUGCUGGUCAGCAUUGCGGUUCUUCACUUCAAGCAGCUGCACACACCUACAAGCUUUCUGAUUGCAUCCCUGGCCUGCGCUGACUUCCUGGUAGGAGUCACUGUGAUGCCCUUCAGCCCUGUGAGGUCUGUGGAGGGCUGCUGGUACUCUGGGGAGAGUUACUGUAAAUUCCAUACGUGCUUUGACACAUCCUUCUGUUUUGGCUCUUUAUUUCAUUUGUGCUGCAUUUCUAUUGAUAGAUACAUUGCUGUAACAGACCCUCUGUCCUAUCCAACCAAGUUCACUGGAUCGAUUUCGGGAAUAUGCAUCAUUCUUUCUUGGUUCUUUUCAGUUACCUAUAGUUUUUCUAUCUUUUACACUGGGGCCAAUGAAGAAAGAAUUGAGGAAUUAAUAGUUGCUCUGACUUGUGUGGGAUAUUGUCGGGCUCCCCUGAAUCAAAAUUGGGUUCUGCCUUGUUUUCUUCUGUCUUUUCUACCCACUGUUGCCAUGGUAUUUACAUAUGGUAAGAUAUUUUUGGUGGCUAAGCAUCAGGUUAGGAAAACAGAAAGUAUAGCUGGCCAGGCUCAGUCCUCCUCAGAAAGUUACAAGGAAAGAGUGGCAAAAAGAGAGAGAAAAGCCACCAAAACCUUGGGCAUUGCUGUGGCAGCAUUCCUAGUCUCUUGGCUACCAUACAUUAUUGAUGCUUAUAUGAACUUCCUAACUCCUCCGUAUGUGUAUGAUGUAUUAGCGUGGUGUGUUUAUUAUAAUUCAGCUACGAACCCCUUGAUAUGCUUUUUUUACCUGUGGUUUUGAAAGGCAAUAAAGCUUAUUGUAAGUGGCAAAAUCUUAAGGAGUGAUUCAUCAACAACAAAUUUAUUUUUGGAAGAAGCAGAUAUAGAUUAA